GUCACAGGUUACGAUUGCGCAGUUGGAACUCCGAAAAGGCUUAUUGCUGCACGCACAUUUUAACUGGCGUGCUCUGCAUGCAACUUUUGACCGGCGUGGCAUGCAGUUGCAACUGGCAGUGUCUAAUAUCCGAAUAUUCAAAUAGUAAAUUAUUUGAAAAUGGACAGCCCUAAGCCCAGCCAAUCUCAUCCGGACUCAGAAGUCAGAAGUCUACAACUUGCAUAUCCCGUAGCGGAGAUUGCUGCAGCUUUUUCUAGUAUCCAGCAGAUGCAGAAUGUACCGUUAUUUGCCCUUCCAUUGGAUACAAUACAUUAGUAAAGCCAGUUACCUGUCGUUGGCACCGCUUAAGAUGCAAGGCUUGUACAAGAAAUAUUUAGCAAGUGCAAACCAGCAGUGCUUUGGGACACCUGUUUCUGUGAACGGAAUCUGCAGUCACCAACACUCUUGGAUAGAGGGACAGGCUGGAUGUUAACUGCUCCUUUAACUGCCUCCAUUUGGAAUAGACUACCGUCUGCCAUUGGAUUCUGUAAUUAAAGUGCCUUUGCCAUCUGAGACAUUUUAUGAGCACUAUGGAGUCCUGUAGGAGACACACCACCCUGUUGUGGGCAGUAUGUCUGAUUUUGAGCAUCAUCUGCGUUAAUGUUCGUAUAGGAUCAGCAGAGUGGCUUGGCGAUCUGUCAGACUAUGAGUUAACCAGCUUUGACAAUCCGGACAUUUUGGGUGAAAAUGAAAGACGUGCAUCAAAGUUCAACCAUUUCACCUUGAGUGAUCAUGGUGAUGUCCAUGUUGGAGCUGUCAAUUGGUUGUACAGGUUGAAUGGUAGUUUGGGAGAGAUACAGAAUGUUACAACCUGUGAUGACAGCAGGCCAGAUAGUGUGAUGCCCUGCCACCUUACAAACAACUACAACAAGAUACUGGUGGUUGACAGUACUAGGCCAAGCAGUUUGAUAACCUGUGGUGGUGUGUACGAUGGUAUUUGUCAGCUACGACAAUUAGAGGAUAUUCAUGACGUGGUGAUGGAGUCAGUUCCUUACGUUGCGGGAUUUGAGGAUGCAUCUACUGUUAGUGUGAUUGCACAAGGAAUAGGUGGAAAUCAAACGCUUUAUGUCGGAGUUACAUAUACUGGUCAAAAUCUUGAAAGCGGAGGAGUCUUUCCGGCAAUCACAAGAAGGAGCCUGGAAAUGGCUAAUUUCUUAUCAGCAGUGCAAAAUGACAAUAGCAUUGUUUUCACAGCAGCUGCUGGGAUAAACAAUCUUCUCAUCAAGUAUGUCUUAGCAUUUGGUUAUAAGGGAUUCACAUACUUUGUCACCUCGCAGAAGGAAGAUUUGACGAAUUCUGCCCAGUUUGUUUCUAAGAUGAGCAGAGUCUGUCAAGGUGGUCCCAACCUAGACGCAUACACAGAAAUUACCCUACAGUGCAGUGGAUCAGAUGGCAGUGUGUACAGCUUGGUGCAAGCAGCUCACUUUGGACCAGCAGGACCUGAUCUAGCGGCAUCAUGGGGUCUCACUGCAGACGAGCAGGUGCUGUAUGCUGUGUUUGCCAAGAACCAAGGAGCUCCGGGUACCAGUGAUGUACCCAUCGAUCACUCAGCAUUGUGUGUGUACAGGAUGACGGAUAUCUGGGCUGCCUUCAGAGAAGCAGUGCGGGGAUGUAUUCAGAAUGGAAAUUCCUUCUCUGUUGACUAUUUGGAGGGUUCUUUCUGUAGUAGCUUUGGGAUUCCCAUUUUAGACCGAUACUUUUGCAUCCCGGUAACGAAUGAUCAAAAUCAGCUGCAACUAUUCCAGUAUGCCAAGGGCAUCGAUCCAGUGCCAUCUACAGCUGUGCUGGAAUUACCAGGUACUCUGAUGUCGUCCAUCAUCACCAGCAUUGAAGUCAACCACACCGUGGCUUUCAUUGGGACAUCAAGUGGAGAUCUACUGAAGGUUUACAUGGAAAGUAAUAUUGCAGCCAGAUUGAGUGAGAGAGUUUCUUUAGACACCAGUCCAGUACUGACAGACAUCAAGAUCAAUGAGACAAGUGGAGUGAUUUAUGUGCUCACUGAACAAAAGUUGGUCAAGAUGCAACCUGAGAAUUGUGAUCGGUACACAACCUGCGAGGCGUGUAUUGGGACUAAUGCAGGGAAUGAUGGAGACCCAUACUGUGGAUGGUGCACUCUGGAAAGAAGGUGCACCCGAUACCAUGACUGUCCACUGCAGGAUGUGUCGACUCGUUGGUUGGCCUACAACGAUUCACAGUGCAUUGAAAUCAGUCAAGUCCUUCCCCAUAACAGCCUGCCAAUCACGCUGACUGAUCAGCAGAUAAUGUUGACAGUGCAGCAGUUACCAGAUCUGCUUGAUGGCGAGCAUUAUGUGUGUAGGUUUGGUGAUCAGUUCAGCAGCCAAGCAACCAACUACAAUGGAGAUAGCUUCGAUUGCAGGACACCACCAGCAAACAACAUACCUGCAAUACCAAGUGGAGAAGACCAUGUGACAGUUACACUGAGCGUCAUGUCUUCAGAGACAAGUGUGGACUUUGUCCAUAUCGACUUCGGCUUCUACGAGUGUGACACCCACAAAAGCUGUGUGACCUGUGUUGGUAGUCGCUGGGCCUGUAAUUGGUGUUUGUUUGAAAACACAUGUACACAUGACAACUCCACGUGCUCCAAUCCGAAUGAAAUCAUCAUGACGGGACAAUAUAGUCGAGGAACUGCAAUGCAAGGACCAAACUCAUGCCAGCCUCAGCUCCAACCCCAACGUGGUGAAGUGCUGGUCCCUAGUGACAUCAAUAGGCAGAUUGUUGUGGCUGUUGACAACCCUCCAGAUACAGCAGAGAGCUUUCAGUGCAGUCUUGAUGUAGAGGGAUCUACCCAGAGUGUAGCUGCAACUCGUGUUCAUUCAAGUUUGAUCUGUGGCAUGAAAGCUUACACUUUCACAGCCGCUGAGCAAGAAUUGAAUGCAUCUCUGACACUACAGUGGACAGACAGCAAUAACGUCAUGCACACCGUGGAUGAUAGAUAUAAUUUCACAGUGACGCUGUACAAGUGUGAGGUCUUGCGUCCUGACUGUAGCCGUUGCAUUUCUAACGAAACUACCCGUGCUGAGCUGGGAUGCAUGUGGUGUGGGGAUACCUGUGGGGUGAUAGACAGCACUGUGUGCAUGACAGCUGAUGAGAAGGUCACUCGGAAUAAUACCAUCAACUGCCCUGAUCCUUUACUGAAACAGGUGUAUCCGCUAUUUGGACCCACCGAAGGGAACACUCUACUGACUGUGUCUGGGACUGACAUAGGACUGCGAUACAGUGACAUCCUAGAAGUGAAAGUCGGGGGUCAAGAUUGUGCUUUGGAUGAUUACCAGUACAGAACUGGGAGCAGUGUCAGCUGUCGUACGCUAGGAGAGACUGCAACACGCAGGCGACGCGAUGUGACACCACCAUCCCUGCAAAUGACAGUUACUGGAAGAGAUGGAUCAAUGCAGGCUAGCCAGGGAAACGUGACCUUUGAAUACAAGAAUCCAAUGCUCGAUGACAUCAAUCCCAAGAUGGGUCCACAAUCUGGUGGCACUAGGCUGACAAUCUCCGGCCAAUCUCUGGAUGCUUGGAGGAACAUUGAAGUGUUUAUAGAUGAUAUACCAUGUGUUGUUGACAGAGCGAGAGUCACUGAUGACAGUAUAACCUGUAUCACAUCCCGUACUGACAGUCUCGGUUCUUGGAUAGUGAAUGUCUCAUUUGAUGGAGUAGAAAGAUUCUCAAUGGCCAACUAUACAUACACCGUGGAUCCAGAUGUGGAGGAAAUCAAUCCCUCUACCAGUGUCUUAGCUGGUGGUCGAGAGCUGACAGUCAACGGAUCUGGUUUCUCAAUCAUUCAACAACCGCAGAUAGUCAUCAUCUACGGGGAUAAUGAACAAGAGUUUGUCGGGAACUGUAGCGUGACAAGUGAUGACAAAAUGAUCUGCACUUCACCAGAAAUCAAUAUUCCAAAUCUGGUCCUGGAUGCGGACACCAGCGUGAACGUAACCACUGGGUUUAUCAUGGAUGCCGUGGAAGCCCUCCGAACCUGGUGCUCUGUCGACCAAAAUGAUGGCUGUACACCUCUGGAGUACUUCCAGAAUCCUGAAUACUACCCCUUCAAUGAUCCUGCGUAUGGAAAUGUGGAUGGCAUUGAGCAGCAAGCAGGGCCUGAUCUGACUAUUAAGGGAGUGAGACUGAAUCUAGCGAUAACAAAUGAAGAGGUAACGGUCCACAUUGGGAAGUCCCUGUGUACCGCUGUGACUGUGGGUGCGGGUGCUCUGUCAUGCAGAUUACCUGAAGAGGGACCAGCUGCUGGCGAUUACCUUGGCAUGAAUACAACGAAGGGUCUACCUGUUGUUUGGGUGAUUCAUGGAAACACACUAUCCUUCAACAUUGGUUACUUCCAGUACGCCUACAACGGCGAACCUUCUCUACUUAUACCACUUGUAUGCUCAGUCAGUGCUUGUGUGCUGUUGUUGGUCGUGUUGCUAGCUGCGGUCCUGUACAAGAAGCACAAGCGAUCACAGAAAGUGGCAGACUUGCCAAUAGAAGAAAGCGGCAACCAGCAGAAACAAGUAGCUGAUGAUAUGAAAACAGAUAGUGGAAGCCUGUAAAAAUGACGAGGCUUGUCACGAUGAGCAUCUUCCCUACAAGCUGGUUGAGGUGGAGACUAUCCUUGACAAUCAAGACUGCGACGCAGAGGAAGUUGGUAAAAUGACUCACAAAGCCUAACCAUGGCGAUUGAUACAUGAUUUUGGAGACAACAGUAUAAAGACCUGAAAGAAGGAGUUUUUAUUACACAUCAUAUUUACCCAGAAUUUAGACCUGAAAUGUGUUAUUUUCUAUUAACGAGUAUACUUACCCAGAAUGUUUUUUAAUGUAAGAUUAACAUAUUUUUGAUCUGCUCUUUGAAUUGUAAUGUUGAUGACCAAACACAAAAAGGUUCAUUGUUGCUUUUUGGCAGAGAAUUUUUUAUUUUUUAUUGCCAUGUUAGUUAUGCAGACAAUAGAAGAUUCAUGUCUAUAUAUUGCAUUAGUAUUCGGAUAUAUGCAUCAGUAUUCAGAUAUUUACUUUACACAGGAACAUUAUCGAGCCUAAUUUGAGAACUUACAUGCCAAGUUAUUCAAAAGCCUUAAAUUGAUGAUAUCUAAGGCAACAAACAUUGACAAUAUAUGAAUACAUUUUCAUAGGUUUUCUCCUUAUCAUUUAACUAGCAAUUAAUUAUGCGUGCUUGUCUUGCUGUUUGAAAUAUAUAUAUUUGCAAACUAUUAUAUGGUAUAAAUAAUAUUGUGAAAGACACAUGCCAUUCAAUUUAUGUCCUGGUCCUUUAUACUUAAAACAAACCAUCUCUGAUAAAACUGAAAUUUAAAUGUUAAAUUUAUGUCGUUAUUAACUAGAAUGAACUCCCCUUAUUUUACUGCCAGCUUAUUGUUAUGGUGAAGUACAAUCCACAUUUCGAAAUGUAUAGUAUAUUUCACCUUCCAAAAAAAUGUUUAAAACAAGAGUCUAUGUGGGGGGUCUCAUACUAUUAUAAUUUGAUGAGAUAACUUUUGACACUUUUUACAAACAUCUUAGAGAACAUGUAUGUGAAAUGGUUAUAGAAUGCAACGUAUCGUGUGGUGAUAAGACGUCAUUCAAAUAAGUAAUUUACAUAUUCAUUUAUUUAAAUAAAUUAAUUAUAUUUAGCAUAUUUAAUGAAAUGUAUAUUUUUGCAUUGGAAAAAUGAGGUCUUUUUACUAAAAUAUUAUUCAAUUCCUUGUAUAAAUACAUCUGCUCUAUUUUUAUAAUACACAGAAUAUUUGUAUUUUUAGAACCUGCAUGGAUACUUCAAAUUUAUGAUGACUUAAUGGUGACUUCAUCCAAAGGCAGUUUAUUUGGAAUUUGUAUGUAAAUGGCAAAAAGAUAAUGGUUGAAAUUACAAUCAAUGUCGCUGCUUUACUAUUGAUGAAGAUAAUUGAAAACCUUGUUUUUUUUUCAUGUUUAUGAAGUGCCACUUUGUAGCAUAAUGAUGACCUGUGAUCAUGAUGACUCCCUGAACAAGAUGAAUUGAUAUUUUCAUUCAGAUACAAUUUGUCCAGUCAAAUUGAUGAACAUUUUUUUUCAUUUGCGCCAAAAGUCCCCUGUUCUUGCACCGGCCCAUUAUUCAGAUACGCAUGAGCCAUACUUAAUUGCGGCGAGGUUCCAACGUUCAUACCGAAAAGUACAAUCUUGUAUAUUGUGUAAGACAAUUCACGCUGAAAAUUAAAUUUGAAGAAUGACCAGAAGUGAUUUAUGUAACAAACACAUCCUGACUAUGACUCGGCAUUGGGCGCCUGUGCCAGACCAGGAUAGGCUGAGAGUAAUGUUUGAAACAAAUGUGGGCCAAACUUUAUUCGGUAUCGAUACCAUAUUAAUGUUUGAAGCCCUUUGGGAUCGAUUUUCACUGCACUAGUACUUUUGACCAAUCAGCACCAACGUGUCUUGUAGUUUACGUCACCAAAAUGUCGUGCGUGUACAGUUUAUUUCAACCUCGUUCCCAGUAGCAGGAAAGCAGUCAGUGGUUCGCUCGUCCUCAUCGCACUAACCAAGGGCGCUAGGAUCUCCCCUUUUUGACCACUCAUCAGAAAGAUUAAUUGACUGGAAUCAGUGACCAGAGGUCAACACUUCCGCGUGCACACGAUGUCUAAAUUAUCCCUGUAUUAAGCAUGGCGGUAACACUGCUUGUGAAGUACUAGCCUAUCCACAAUGCUUGCGAAGUCAUCAUUUCCUUCCCACAAGUGUCAAUGAGCAGUGGAUAGAACCAAAGAUAGUAUAAUUAUGUAGGAGAAGAUCAGAUAGUCCGCUGAAAAAAAGGUGUAACAGGAAGUAGCUGCUCAUAGGGAAGGGCGCCCCUAGCGUUGUAGGUAGAAAACAUAUUUGCAUCAUGCACGCAUUCUCUACAUAGUACAAUUAUUUGAAAUGAUUCAAUUGACAUCAGAUUAACAGUAGCUGACGAGGAAUAUUGAUUCGUGUGUGACUCUAUUUUAUCACACCCUAUAAAAAAAACUGAACUAAAUUAUCCUGCUUCUUCUAUGUAUCUUUUUACUAUGAGGAAUCUGUAUGCAUUCUGAUUUUAUCUUACACUUACUGCCUUAAAAUUCAUUCGAUUCAGUUUAUUCCGGUGCGUUAAUUUUUGGUAUUUUUUUUACAUUUUUAUAUAUUACGUGUUAUGUAAAAUAUUUCGUUAGACAUAUCGAAGUUCAUAAUGCCAUUACAUCGCGUAAAGUUCGUCCAUGUUACAGACCUACGUAGUUAGGGCCUACAAUCCAAAACCUACACAGAAUAAUCAAUAAUGUGCACAGAAUAAUUAAUAAGCCGUUUUAAAAUGUAUAAAUGUACACGGUGAACUUAUAUAUGAUUUGGUUGUAAGUUGGUUUGUUUGUUUGUCGUUGGUCGGUUGGUCGGUUGGUUGACUUGUUGGUUGGCCAACUGGCUGGCUAAAUGGAUGAUUCGAGGGUUGGUCGGUUGAAUGGUUGAGGAACGAUGAGGUAAUAUUACAGAUUACUCAGAAGUAUAUUCACGUGCUUUCAUAUAUUUUGGAUUUUUGGGUAUUAUGUGUUAUUAGAUAAUAUUUCAUUAGGAUUGUCGAAGUUGAUAAUGCCAAUACCGUCGCGUGAAGUUCGUUCAUGUUACGGGCCUAUUUAGUGACAUUCCAUGCGCUCAAACGUUAACGUGUUACAUGCAAUUGUUAUCAUAAAGGAAAUGAACAAAAGACCUGACAAAAUCUUGUAACACUCUGGUAUUUCUCUUUGUGAUCUGCUGAUUCGUUUUUGCAAUAAACCUCUGCUUAACAUUGCUUGAACUUUGCUCUGUGGCUUUCUUUACUCGAAUCACAAUACAUGUACGUGUAGUACCAAUUCA